CUGUAAGUGAAUUCAAAGUGAAAAACAGAAGACAAUAGCGAAAAAUAAAUGAAAUAAUAAUAAACAAAAAUAAUGAAAUAUGGAUUAUCCAUAUGUUAAAAGCAGAAAAGAUUCGAGUCCUGAUCGGUUAGAUGGAACACGGAAAAGUCUUGGAGCCACACGGAUAGACGGUAGCAAUGACUAUGGUUCCGACUGGUUGAAUGGUGGAUACAACUGGGAGGCGAGUCGCAGAGAAGAAUACGGCAUGUCACGACGGGAUGUACCAGAAGACUGGUACGCUCUUAGAACGACCCUCCGAGAUGACAGUGGCAACCGGAGACGUGACAAUUUAGGCCGAACCAUGAAAGAAAAUUUAGGCGCCACGCGGCGCGUGGAUUUAGGCGCCACAGGCGACACGCGGCAUAAGGAUUUUGGUGCGUCUGCUGCAGACGGCUUAAGAGCUACUAACGGGAAUCUAUAUCGGGAUAGCAGGUAUGGUAAUCCUGAAGUGCCAUACUAUCGUCAGGUACUAGAUACAAGACAGUACGGAGCCAGUAGAUCGAGCCCCAAUCCCACACAUGUGCGAGAAGAAACCAUAUAUCAUACUAUAGAACCCUACGAUUCCGCAGUGAAAGAGGGAAAAUACUUAAUAGGUAGUGGACAAGAGACAGGUGCCGGAAAACAGAGGCGUUGUACGAGUGUAGCAGACGACAGAGAUCUGAUGCAAGAACGGCACGCUAUGUUCGGUAAGAUAAGAACAAAAUGGGCACCCAGUUACAGACCGGACGAUCCGGCAACUGUCUCCAAAUGGUCCGAUGAAAAUUCAAGCAAGGAUGGUGACCCACGAAAGCGGAACCUUAGGCUGGUCAUUAUAGUAGCUGUAGUGGCUGUGGUUGUUCUGGUGGCAGCUCUUGUGCCAACACUCCUACUUACACUCGGGAAGGACGAAGAAAAAGAAGUUCUCGCACAAUAUGAGUUUAAGGCCACAAUUACAAAUAGAGAGUACAGUGCAGACAUGGCCGGGAAUAACUCUGACGCCUUCAUAAAAGUAGAAAACGAAUUUUGCGAUCAGCUGGAUCAAAAUGCUGCUAACAAGAGAACAGCGGAGUUUUCCUACGAUGGAUGUGCCGUAAAAGAAAUUAAGAAUGGCAGUUUGAUCAUUAUUUACAUAAUUGUCAUCAGAACUUCGGUCUCAAGGGACGGAACGCUACCAACACCACAAGAAGUGAGUACUGUUGUUGGUAUUGAAGUUGCCGCAGAUAAUCAAACAGUCGGUGAUUUGACGAUUGUAACUGUCGAAAUUGAAAUAACAGUUCCAACUGUCAUCACAGAGAAUGAGAAUCCUGUCAAGAAAAAGAUACAGUUCAACGGGGUAUGCUUGGUGGGUAGCAAUAAAGAACGUUGUGUUACCAAACACUCUGAAUGUAUAGAAGGGGUUUGCAAGUGCCCAGUGGACAGAACCCAUGACUCUUCAUCCGACAAUUGCACUCGAAUCGACUGUGGUGAUGAACCUGUCAUAAACAACGGAACUGUAACGUCAAACGGUACCAAAUAUGGGUCAACACUAAAUAUCACUUGUGAUGAAGGUUUCGAACUCUCAGAGAAUGCAACGAUUAAUUGUACCACACCAGGGACCUGGGGAGAUAUGCCAUUAUGCACACCCAAGGAAUGUCCAGAGUUUAUAACACCAAACAAUUCUGAAAUAGACUCAAAUACUACUGGUCGCACAUAUACAGAUAUCAUUGAAAUCACAUGUAUAACAGGUUACGAGCUAGAUAGCAGUUUAUCUACGGUGACAUGUUUGGCCAACCAGUCUUGGAGUGAGUCCCCUGUUUGUUCUGUCGUAAACUGCAAUGCAUCAGACAUUCCAGUUAAUACCAUUAUAUCAUGGGACAAACAGAAAUAUGAAUACAACGAAAACGUUACAGUUGAAUGUGACACUGGAUUUCAGCUUGAAGGUAAUGCUACAAUUAGUUGUCAAGCAAACGGAACAUGGGAACACAUUCCAGAAUGUUCUCCAGUUGACUGCGAGCCACUUCCGGUGCCAGAUAAUGCAGCUAUUUAUCCGAACAAACAACAGUAUGAAUACAAUGACAACAUAACAAUCGAAUGUAACAAUGGUUACAAAAUUCAAGGUGAGAACACGUCUAGUUGUCAAGCAAAUGGGUCGUGGACUGAUGCAGCAACAUGCACUCCAAAAGAAUGCGAUCUAUUUGUUAUACCAGAAAACGCUGAAUUUACACCUAACAAAAGCCAGUUCUUUUACAGCGAAAAUGUAACGAUAAAAUGUAACAUUGGUUACGAGCUUCAAGGUAAUGAAACAAUUAGUUGUCAAACUGACGGAACUUGGAGAGAGGUACCAGCUUGUUCUCCAGUUGAAUGCGAACGUUUUGAUGUACCAAACAAAGCAAACUUAGAACCGGACAAACAACAAUAUAAUUACAGUGAAAGCGUAACUUUGGAAUGCGAAAGUGGAUAUGAAAUCCGAGGUAACUUCACAGUAACAUGUCAAGAGAAUGCAUCAUGGACCGAAAUACCGACAUGCAAACCAAUUUAUUGUAGUACACUACAAUUACCCGAACAUGCUGAAACAAAUUCAAACAUAACUGGACUAAACUUUGAUGAUGAAAUUUCUAUUAGCUGUCAAAAUGGAUUUGUUCUUGUUGGUGAGAGUAAAGUUUCUUGUAAUGCUAAUGGAACAUGGCCAGCUAUUUCCUGCGUACCAGCUAACUGUUCAACUGAAAAUAUUACAAUGCCAGAAAAUAGUGAAACAACAAUGGUAAACGAGACUGUAUCUACCUUUGAAGUACAAUGUGUGGAAGGUUAUACUAUCGUCGGAAAUUCUUCUGUAACAUGUAUUGCUGGAAAUUGGAGUGAAUUUCCAAGUUGUGUGAUUGUAGAUUGUGGACCAUAUGAACCAAGCGGGGAGACAUAUACAAUUGAAUCAAAUUCUACAACUACGUACAAUACAUCUAUAUCGGUUACGUGCGUAGAUGGUCUGGAACUAACAAAUGACUCUAUGAAAGUAGUGUCAUGUGAAGCAGAUGGACAGUGGAAUGGACACAUCGAAUGUAAAAUUCCUGGUAAAUAUAUAACAGUCUUUAAGUCUAAGUUCAAAGAAAUAAUGAAGAUUUAG